UGCAGGCUUCAUUGAAACGCUGCUCCAGCCUAUCGAAGUCGGUUGUACUAUUAUUAUUGUUAUAUAAAUGAAAAAUGUAUUCAGAGGAGAAUUUGACAGGGUUUAUCACAGAGAGGCUAACGGCUGCUGCUGAAGACAUUUUUGUAGUUUUUAAAAGAACUGUCAUCGAGUACGAGGAGGAGCUCGAGCGUCAACGUAACCUGCUGGAAAACGUCCUGAAACCUCAUGUCAACUUAAACAGAAUAGAUGUGCCACAGCUGCUUGUGUGUAAGGAAGAGGAGCAGCUUUGUAACCAGGAUGGGAACUCCAGUCCAGACCAAGAGGAGUCAGAGCCUCCACAGAUUAAAGAGGAAACCUGCAGAAUUCAGGAAGGAGAGCAACUUGAACCUAAGCAGGAGGCUGAGAUGUUCAUGUUGACCCUUACUCAUGAGGAAGGGGACCACAUUGAACCUGAACUACAACAUGAACUCCAGCUCUUUUCUCACAACUCUCAUGUCGCUGAGAAUCAAGAGCCUACAGGAAGCAAUCACAGACACUUAGAACCCAACCCAUCCAACAUAAUUCACCAAAGCAGUCACAACACUGACAUGUCAGAAAAUAAUUCCCAAGAUCAAACGUCCUUUAAAUGUGACACUUGUGGUGAGUGUUUUAAGAACAAGUCAGCUUUACAGACACAUCAGCGUGUCCACAGAGGUAAAGAAACACAUACUUGCAGGAUUUGUGGGAAAAUGUUCAGUUGGAAGUCAUUAUUAACGGUUCAUGUAAGAAGUCACACAGGUGAGAGGCCAUAUAUUUGUAAAACAUGUGGAAAAGGAUUCCUUCAGAUAUCAGACUUGAAAAAGCACAACAUAAUGCACUCAGGGGAAAAGCCUUUUAUUUGCCCAAUAUGUGGCAAAUCUUGUGGAUUAAAAUCUGACUUGAAAGUCCACAUGAGGACCCACACAGGUGAGAGGCCUUACUCCUGUGACACGUGUGGAAAAAGCUUCUCUCAGCAGUCAGUCUUGAAAAAGCACACUCUAAUACACACAAAUGAAAAGCCAUUUAUGUGCAAAACAUGCGGCAAAUCUUUCAGAGGACAACACGAUUUGAAAGUCCACAUUAGAACCCACACAGGUGAGAGGCCUUACUCCUGCACUACCUGUGGAAAAAGCUUCUCUCGGCAAACACAAUUAAAUGUACAUAAUAGAAUUCAUACAGAUAACAGGUACUUAACUUGCAGUACAUGUGGGAAGAAUUUCAGAAGUAGUGGAGACUUGAAAAAGCAUAUGGAAUGGAUCCACUUAGGUGAGAGACCACACGCGUGCAGCACCUGUGGACAAAGAUUCUAUCAAAACUCAGAGUUAACCAGACACAUUCAAACUCAUGCAAGUGAAAAGCUGUACUCCUGUGACAUCUGUGGGGCAGCAUUCACUAUGAAACUCUAUUUGGAGAGGCACACAAGAUUGAAAAGUUGUAUUCUUGCAAAACAUGUGCCAGGUUAUUUAGAUUCUUUACAGUCAUGACAGUUUGUAUAUGAAGUUUUGACACUGAAAAGGCUGUAGCUUUGCAAGAUCUGCUGGAAAACAACCUGCCAUCUCAACAUUUCAGACAAUCAAACUAAUGAAAUAUCUAUAUAAGCUUCAGCAGCUAAUGCAAAAGGAUGAGGCUCCUUGUGUAUUUGAAGAAGUACACCAGUCAGUUGUAAAAUUUAAUCUUCAAGCAUUACAUAUGAAUAAGUUACUUUUAAAGGCCUUGAAAUGAUGUGAUUCAUGUCUAAAUUGUUUGUCAAAAUUGCACAUUUUUGUAUCUUGUCUUCAAUUGAAUUUAAUUGCACAUGAAGCUAAUGUAACGCAGAGCAAAUUUCAGACUUUGUCUGGGAAUAAAGUUAUCAGUCAAGA